AUGAAGUCUUUGAUCAGUGGUUAGUUUUUUAUAAGUUAUGACGUAGUUAGCUAUAAUACGCUGAAAGUAGUUUUGUGAGAUCGUCCUUUGCCCUCUAAGAGGUAGAGUGCUGAUAGCAGUAGUAUAGUGGGCAUAUUUUAAGAUGUGGAAUCUCAUCAGUGUGUAGUGGAAUACAUUAGCGUCGAUGACAACAUAGCCUAUUGUCUAAAGCUCAUUAAAAAAUUCGAUUUAAAAUAGCCCAUGAGGCCGAAUGGGCUAUUGACUCAGAGCUCCUGAGGGGGAGAGGAAUGAUUGUUUUAUUAGUAAAAUCCAACUAGUUGGUCAAAAAUAUCGAGAUAAAACAACUUUAACAAGUUAAAGCUAGACUUUAAUCCUUUUUUGCUGCCAAAAAGCCGGCGCUUUUCGCUACUAGUGGGCUAUAACAUAUAGCCUAGUAGUAGCUAGCCUGCGCGCAAAUUAAACUCUGGUUAACUCCGUCUGCGAAACAGCGCCGAAAUCCUUGUUCUGGACUUCCAGCUGUGUACCCAGAUUUGAGUACGCGCCACGAUUGGCCAGUUAAAAAAGGUCUUUGUUUUGUUUGUCGUGAUCGCUAAUCAGGUUGAAGGGGAUUUCGAAACGCACUUCCGGUAAUUCGUUGAGUCCGUUGGGGGUCUAGAACAAGGAUCUCUGCGCUGCUUCGCAGACGGUACUAAUCAGAGUUUAGUUAUCGUCUGCAUGCAGGCUAAGUAGUAGCUCAACCAAUCAGAACGCAGCAUUGAUAAUAGAAAACUUGUUGGAUUUUACUAAAUUUACUUAAACGUGCACAUAUUGAGCGAUAUACCGCUACAGAUGAAGAAAACGGUAAAUGCAGUGCAUUUACCAUAAAAUUACAUCGGUUACACAAUCAGAUUGUGUGGGUCCCCUGUGACGCGACCACGUGGUAAAUAACCGUUUUGUUUUUCACUCUAAUACUCUUUCAAAAACUCUACCUUCCCAGAUUUCUUAGCGACCGCGACCCCUUUAAAGGCCACAAAUUUGACAUACUCUUUUGUUUCAGUUCUGUUUCUGGUAAGCGACCACCCUACAUAAUCACUUAUGAUUGCAAGAAAACCAUUGUUCGAAUGUCACAAAAGUUAAGUAUUUAAUAGCGCUUACCCAGGGUACUGACAAAUACAUUGUAAUUAAAGGGUUGCGAAGAGUUGUCCUUUGCAGUCACGCAAGUGUCCGAGAACGGAUCGAUUGAUGUAAGAUUCAAAUACUCUACAGUCGGAACGAGAGUGCAAGUAGUAGGUUUUGUUCCGUUAAAGCUGAAUUUAGGCAAUUUAUGAUUAACAAGUGACAAAUUUUAAACUGUAUUGUACUUCAAAAGGUUGUAUUGUACUUGUUGCUCGUAAAAAGAACAAAUUAGUCGAUUUCCGGCAGAGAACUACGGGAGGUGGACAAAUAGACAACUGACAAUAAUAAUGUUUCACAUCGCGCUUGGAACUGUUGAAACUGCCCUACGAUAACAGUUUGCAUCAAUGCACCGGGAGCCGGGCAUCAAUGUUACCGACAGGUCGUAUGACAGCCAUCUUUUUAGUAAGGCAACUGCUACAAUCUGUCAGCAAGCGUGGACAGCGCUAAAAAACUGUACUUCAGUUACAUUCGAGCAAUGGUUUUCUUAGAAUACAAUGCUGGGUGAUCGCUUACUGGAAAUAGACAAAUAAAGGACAAUGUCAAAUUUUUGGCCAAAAAAUUAAACAAAACGGUUAUUUGCAAAGUAGCCGCUUAUGGGAGGAGGUCGCUAUCAGACGGUUGACUGUAGUUGGAAAUGUAAUUGCUAUCAGAGGAGAAGUCAGCGAAAGACCUUCAUUUUUUUCUUCUGCAGAAGAUGAUUCAAACUAUAAAGAACAAGCGUCUGAAUACCAGCUUCCAAGACAUGAACCAAACGAUUCGACCCCACUAAAAGCUGCAGCAGCAAUGUCUGGCGCACGGUCAGAGGUGAGAGACCUAAUGAGAGGUAGCACUGAAGAAAGUGAUGAGAGACCCAACAAGGAGGUACCUGAGGAAAGGACGGCGGCUCAAAUUAGACCAUCCAGCCAAGGAGUGAGGUCGAAAAAAAGACACUUGGCUAUAGCAACCGCGAUAAUAGGUCAGAGGGGUUAUGUAUUAUUUUAUUCUUUUAUUCAUAUCCCCUUAAGAACACCGACAAGUCCAUACUUUGUUUUAAUUGACAACCAAGGGCCGGUUGGUUCAAACAAAGUCUAACUAACUAAGACUUAGGGUUGGCCUAAACUGUUUAAAAUGGAAGAACAUUUAACUAAAGAGGUGACGCGCCAAUUCUUCUCUACAAUGAAACUGUAGUGUCGUUCAGCGAAAAAAAAAAAUUACGGACAAAACUUGAAUCUAGACAAGAAGCUUACGCAAGUGAAAGGGAGUCCUUUUUGGCCAAAAUAGUUUUCGUCCACUCUAUAAUAUUCUAGCUGUAGUCCUCUCCCACUAACGAACGUCUAGCUGACGACAUUAGCAUUUUUAACCGGUCUAUGCCGGACUGAUAGUUUGUUCUCCUUGUAGACUUGGCAAUUCUUGGCUGCAGCGUACCAGAGCGGACCAUAUACGCCGUGAUGCAAGAAAUUGACUGUAUCUGUCCCAUAUUGAAUCUUCAUGCACAGCCUUUAGUUAAAAACCAUUCACCUUACCAAGUAAAGCAGUACUUGGAGGGAAACUCGCUUCGGUCCUGCGUGUUGGUGGUCGAUGCGGAAACAGUUAAAGAAGCUUAUGAGAAUGUACCUGCACGAGGAGAUGAAUACAAGGACCUUCUACAAACGGCAGUAGAGAAAGUUGGUAAGAAGAGUAAAGUUUCUUUUCAUUUUUUCUUAUUCCAGUUACGUACUUAUACUUAUGAUACAUGCGUGAUCAUGGUUCAUCAAUUUUAUUCUUCGUUGAAAUUUAUUUUUCUUUGGGAAACAAAAUUUCGUACAUUGUUAUACCCAAAAACAAAGACAAAUGAAAACUGGCCCAAUUAUAUGAACAUGGAUUUUUUGCAAACGUGAUCCUGAUGGUAAGAAACUGACGAGAGAGAGAUCGCGAGUUACGGAUGUCGAUUAACAAAAUACUUAGGUCCUUGAUAUCUUACAGCCCGAAAGUGUUUCUUCUUCCAAAGGGUGACCGAAGAGUAUCAGCGUCUUGUAUUGCAAUUAUUAGUCUGGAAAAUUAAACGCCUGUAGUUUUCUUGGAUGUAUAGAUAACCAAAUUUUCUUACCCAUGGUGCUCCGCUGAGCGCCCUUCGCGCGCUGGAGAGCUCCGUUAUAAAGGUAGGUCUUUAGUAUGCAUGCAGAAAGCCACAACCUUGCGAGAUCCUUUGAAAAAUAUAAUACGUGUAAGUACUGUAUCUCAUCAUGGUGCAUCAUGUCAAUAAUGUUUAUAGCAUUACACUUCUUUUGCAGCUAACAAGGUCAUCAUUUUGCUCUGCGGUACACCUUUGCUAGAGAAGGCCGAAGAGUUAGUCUAUCAAAACUUGUACGGUACUGUCAAAGAAAACGAAAAAGGAUUCAUUGCUUGGGUAAAGGAUGGGAGACUGAGUGUAGACACUGAUAUUCUGGCGCAGCUCCUGAAUCCCGCCUUAGCCACUACCACUGGACAUUCCACGAAGAAGUGUUCAACUCCAAACCAGUGUUCCCAUGGCACAGUCUGCACAGAGUAAUACAUACAUACAUACUUUACUAUACUCCAUUCCUCAUCAGGGCUUUUCAGACGUACACACAAAC